GGCGGGGCAGUCUGUGUACAGUCUGUGUAAACCAUCUCUCUGUUCUUUAACGAAACACGCGACCCAUCGUCUGAGCUAGCUGCAUGCAGUGAGUGUAGACUAGCAACAGAUCCAGCAAAACUCAGUGACUGAGCCUAACCUACGUCCUGGUGGAGAGCUGAUGUACCUGGCAAAUUUAGACUCUAAACUGUUGUAAGACUUCUUCACUGCAAUACACCUCAAUCACUAUGACUACACAACCAGGAGCGUACCAACUGACCAAAGUGUGCAUAAUCGUAUGGAUACUUGUUCUUCUUGCACUCUUCUCACCGAUAUCAGUGAACUGUUUCUAUGCACAGCCUGAGGCUGUGACUUUCAGCAUUCAGCCACCGACGAACGUGGUCACCUGUGCUGGCUGUGGAGAGGUGGUGCUAACCUGUGGUAUCUCACUGCAACGUGCAACAACUAAUCUACCUGUACCAGAGCUGAGGUGGACCUUCAAUGGUGCUAUGCUUUUGUCAGAUAGUGACUCCAAUGGUACACACUUCUGGAUCACCCUCGUACUCUCCCAACCCACCCCUUCCCAGUCCGGAGUGUAUCAGUGUAGCGCUACCGAUGGCAACAGUGCAAGCUAUUGUGGAGUAGACCACCUCCCUUGUAUCACUACAGUUACCCUUAGCAACGAAGCACGGGUUGAAAUAAUAAAUGAUACUGUUGAAGUUGAAAAUGUAGCAGUAUCAAGUUGCUCGUCACUACUGUUGAGAUGUGGCUCGUUAAGCCAAUUGGGACCAAAUGUAGUUAAUCAGCUACACUGGACUAGGAAUGGACAUCAAAUUGAGGGAGACCAAGUUCUAACGAAUGGCGACCUUGUUUUAAGCGAUCACGGUAACAGCACUCGUAAUGGACUAUACCACUGCUUGUUGAGGACAGCUCAUGGUAGCAACUUAACUGUUGCAAGCUAUAACAUCACUGUAAAAGAAGAUAGUGUGCAAGAUGAAAACAAUGAUUCAAUUGAAAUAAUCGCAUCAAGACGUGCCUACCUUGAAAGUGAAACUGUCAGUUUAGUGUGUGCAUACAAUAUCAGCUCAACCUCAUGCCCCACUGUUUCUUGGAGCUUGAAUGGAAACGCCAUCUCUGGUACCACAGUGCUUACUCUCGAAAGGUCCUCUACUAAGCGGUCAGGACUCUACUGCUGUGCAGUAAAUACUAGUGGUGCCUUGCACGAGACUUGUCUAGAAGUUCAAGUCUUUUCGAAUAUCGUCUCGUCCCAAAUUGAAAUUAGCACAGUAUUCCCUGAACAUUCAAGUGAUAGCCUGGAGAUUACAUCACUUUUGCCUGAUAACCAUUCGUUGAUCUGGUAUCACAAUGGAGUACGCUUGAAAGGGGAGACGAUAAAUUCGCUUAGUUUGCAGCUGGACGACACUGAGAGUGUGUACGGAGUGUAUCAGAGCUUUGUAGCCGUGCUAGAUCAUCCAAAAACCAUGACAUCAAUGACUAGAGUAAUGCCCCCUGGUCGGAGCAACCCCCCUUCACAGCCUCGGUUUAGAGAGGUACCUCGAGCCACUGAGUUAUCAGGAUUCUUCAUUGCUGUGACAUGGGAUGCACCGCUCUACAAUGGAGGGUCAAGUCAGCUCCAGUAUCAACUACAAGAUACACGACUCGACCAGGAAUGGACUGUGAAUACAACAUCACAUGAGCUGCUUGUAUCUCUGUUCCAGAAUUUUAUAUAUUCUGUACUAGUUGUUGACUCAAGAGGCGUGAUUGUUAGUGACAAAAGUGCUAAGCUACAGGAUAGAACUGACUUUCCUGACUGUCAGCAAGACAGAGUUCUCUUCCCUCCAAUGAUUGACCUGACAUGUGACAAUGGAAGGGUGGAUGUAUCGCUGACGGAUAAUGAGAGAAACACUAUAAAUGGUUUCAUUAGCAGAUCUCAAAAUCGGGUUUACUAUGUUCAAGGGUCUUGUACUACUCAAAAUGAGACCAUCACGAUUAACCAGAAAUUUAGAGAGAUGUCUUCCAGGCUAGAGUUCUUGCCACACAACACACACUGCACCCUGAGAGCUGCAGCAACUACUGAAGAUUUUGCUGCAAUAAAUACAGAAGGUUGUACUACCUGCUUCUGUGUGGAUCCAGACAAUAUUGAAUACACUGCAGCACCUGUGCAAUGCAUUGUUUCUGGUACUGUUAGAGUGAGCUUUGAACAAACUGUGUAUGAAAUUGUCGAGGACGAGCGUACACUACGAGUGUGUGUAAGCAUGGAAACUAUGGAAGCUUUUUCAAGUAAUUUUGCAGUCCAAAUCACUUCCACCGACAAAUCAGCUCAAGGGGGUGUUGACUUUGAGGUAUUGUCUACCGAAGUCACGUUAACUGGAAACAGUACAUGUCUCGAUGUCACGGUGAUAGACGAUUCAGUUGUUGAGAGCACGGAAACAUUCACUCUCACUCUGUCAUCGGCAGACCAAUUAAUUAGUGUCAUGAAUGGAGUGGCAGCAAUCAGUAUACUGGACAAUGACACUGUUACCCUCUCACUAAGUGAGCCUUCUGGAGCAGAUGAGAGCACACAGAGUGUUGAGUUGUGCGUGAGAGUGGAAGGGACACUAGAGAGAAAUGUGACCAUCUUCAUCAACACAUAUUCUGCCACUGCUCAAGAGGGAAAUGAUUUUGUUGGAAUUCAUGAAGAAUUGACUCUGUCAGCUGAAGAUUGUGUGCUGGUUGAGUUCCUUAACGACUCCAUUCUUGAGAAGGAGGAAUAUUUCAUUGUAGCCAUUAACAGCUCUGAUCCUGAUGUCCUUAUCUCAAAAGGAGAGAGUAUAGUGCAGAUUUUGGACGAUGAUCAUGUGAUCGUCUCUUUACUUGGAGAUACUAAUCGUACGAUUAAUGAAAGCGAUGGUUUCGUCCAGCUGUGCAUUGAAGCAGAGGGGGAAAUUGACAGGAACUUUACGAUCUUUAUGGCAUCAAUUCCCAAAACAGGAAUAGAACAAAGAGACUUCACUCCUAUUCAUAGACAGCUGACUCUGUCUGGUGGUGGUCACUGUGAGAACAUUGCAAUCGUGAAUGACUCUAUUCUGGAAACUGACGAGUCUUUUACAGUUACCAUUACCAGUUCUGAUCCUGGGGUUGUGAUCGCUAAAGGGAACGUUGUACUCACCAUACAAGAUGACGAUUAUGUGAGCAUUUACUUGAUUGGACCCUCUAGUAGUGUGAUGGAGAAUAAACCAUUUGUGCAACUGUGUGCAAAAAUGGAGGGUGUAGCAGAAAGAGCUGUCAGUAUUUUCGUUGAUGUAUCCCCAGGCAGUGCUCAAAAGGGCAGUGAGUACAACCAUCCACCACUUCUACCUCUCACGUUUGAGGCUGGCUCUAAUCAAGAGUGCAUAAAUAUAUCCAUUAUCAACGACAAUGUUGUGGAGAAUACAACGUCGUUCAGUGUCGGGAUUUCGAGUGUUGUCGAGGAUGUGAGUGUGAGGAUCAUCGGAGGGAGAAUUACGGUGGACAUCGUUGAUGAUGAUGAGGAGGAGCCCACAACAAUCUCCCCGAUUGUUGCUGGUGUGGUGUCCGGAGGUGUCGUGUUCCUCCUCGUUCUAGCUCUAGCUAUGGCUGCCGUCUGGAAGUACAGGAACUGCAGGAACUGGUCAAUGACAUAUGCUGAGAAACAGAAUAAACAGACUAAUUUAAAGACAGAGUACAAACUCAAACCAGACUUAGAAGACCAUAGCGUUGGUUUUGGGGUAUUACCUGCACCAUACAACAGUGAGCCCGAGGAAGACCAGAAAUCAAUGUAUGAGAUGUACGAUCCAUUGGGAAUAGUAGCUGAUAUCCAGUCACUACAAGAAUCGCCUUCCGUACGAACUAGGAACACAUUACUUUCGCCGUACAGUCGUCAACAGUUGGAAAGAGAUGUCGUGGAUUUCUGCCGAGUUGACACCAGUGGAAUGGGUACAGACUCAUAUAUUUAUUGGAAGGAGGAAAGCGUGAUGUCACAAAACACGCUAUCCUCGGGGAAAAAUGGAAUUGCACAGAGCACUGAUUCGUUACUCUCUCCAUCUGCAAGUGGAAUUGAAAAAAAUGUCUCUCGGAAUUAUGAUCUCUCACUUUCCACUGCACAGAACAGUGACGUAUCGUUAAAUUUUAACUCGAGUAAUGUUCAGCAUUUAUCCAACAAUGGAACUCCUACACAAGCUAUAACACUCCCCCGACAUAACAUGAUGUCACUUCUUUCUGUGCAGCAUUAAUAGUCUGUUCUCACUUAUCCCCAUCCCAUCAUAAAAUUAUAUUAUAAUUAUGUACAACUGAAAGUGAAAUGACAAUAUAGUAAUUAA